AAUGCAGAACAAAGUCCCGCAUAAAGACUUCCUGAAAGACUGUCCAAACGGAGCCCUUAGAAGAGAUCAAUUUGAGGCUAUCUAUCAACAAUUUUUUCCGCACGGUGAUCCUUCUAAAUUCGCUUUAGCUGUUUUCAAUGUUUUCGAUCAAAAUAAAGACGGCGUCAUCGAAUUUAAAGAAUUCCUUCACGCCUUAAGCAUUACUUCAAGGGGUAAUUUAGACGAAAAGUUAGAUUGGGCGUUUAGUUUGUAUGAUUUGGACGAUGAUGGCUAUAUCGAUCGGAUGGAGAUGAUAAGUGUGGUGGAAGCAAUACAUGCAAUGGUUGGAUCUUUCCUUCAAUUACCCGAUGACGAAGAUUCGCCUAGGAAGAGGGUCGAUAAAAUCUUUGACCAAAUGGAUACGACGUUUGAAUCAUGCUUGAGAGUUUUGAAGUAG